UAAGUAAAAAAUCGGUUGGCCGAACCAAAUCCAAACUCAAAAAUGGCGGAGCCACAGGUGGUGACGGACUUCUUGCGCUACCUGGAGGACCCAGAUGUGGCAGUGGCCGUGGCAGUUAUCAAGGCACUGACGGGUGUUAUUACCCGCAGCGAGGCCAGUACCAUGAUGCAGAUGGAAGGCGAGCUACAGGAGGCGGCGCAGCAGUUGCGUGUCUUCCAGGCCGCGGACGACAAGGCAUCGGCCACGCGCUUCCACAACUCGAUCGCUACGACUGCCGGCUGCCAGCUGUUCUUACGUUACGUGACGCGCUGCUUCCUCGAGUUCGACGACUUCGAUCUAUGCCGCUCGCAGUUGAUUGACCGGGGUAAACUAUUCGCCGAGACAUCGCUAUCCAGUCGCAAGCGCAUCAGUGACGUGGGCCACAAUUUCAUCCGGGACGGCAUGAAAGUUUUAACGCACGGCAAGUCGCGUGUGGUGAUUGCAUUGCUGCGUGAAGCUGCCAAGACCAAGAACUUUUCGGUUUUUGUGACGGAAGGACGAAGCAAUGCUUCCGGAGUGAGUACGGCGGAGGAACUGGCGAAGGCAGGUAUCCCUACGACGGUGAUUCUCGAUUCGGCUGUGGCGUACUACAUGGAGCAAAUGGACAUUGUGAUUGUUGGAGCUGAGGGAGUGGUGGAAAACGGCGGUAUUGUCAACUCGAUCGGCACGUACUCGAUUGCUGUGAUCGCACAGGCCCUGAACAAGCAGUUUUACGUGGCAGCGGAGAGCUACAAGUUCGCUCGACUGUAUCCAUUAACGCAGCGUGACGUCCCGCAGAAGCAGAUGGCUGCGAUCUCUGGUGAUCUUGCUGGUGGAGAGCCUACUGACGAGACGAUGAGGAACGUGUCGUUUGCAAGCCCCUUCUUCGAUUACACUCCGCCUGGAUACAUCGCAUUGAUGUUCACAGAUCUGGGUGUGCUCACUCCAUCUGCAGUUUCGGACGAGUUGAUCAAGCUAUACCAGUAACUAUCCAAAGCCAGGUGGUAUGUGGUAUACUUUGUCCGAAUUAGCUACUUCUUGCCAGUCUUCGUAGAAACCCUCUUCUUUGGGGAUUUUUUCUUACGCCGCUUACUAGAUUUUUCAAGUUUCUUUUCUUCCGGAACAAACUUGCGGACGAUGCUUCUAAUUGCUUCGUAUCCUUGGUCUAGCUUGGCUUCAGGUACUUGAAGCCAUGAAUUCCAUACUUCCAGCAUUCGAGCCGAAGCUCGAUCUUUAAACCUGUACAUCAUAACAUUUUCUUUAGAUUACUUACAUAACUCAAACAGAAGAGUCCACUGAUACCUCGAG